CCAACCUUGAACCUAGAGAGUCUUCGAGACUGUAUCAGUAUUAGGCCUUUCUAUGCCCCUCGUUCAUGCCCAAGGUGCUGCUGACAUUCACAACUUCAUGUUCAACACGCUUUCCGGAUCCUGAUCGUGAUACAUCAUUGACACUGGACCUGCUUGGUUCGUGCGCCGACACGUGAAUUGAGCCAAGCCGUUUUUGUCUUCCUGCUUGCCUCUUCGUGCGUCUGACCGCGCCGCCUCCAUCACGAUCACGACAUCCAGCACCAAAGCGAUCCCCCAGACGAGCGUCAUCGCUGUCAGCUCUGUCUGGCCAGAAACAUUGACUCGAAUCUCCAGCCGACGAUCCGAGCUGUUGGCGCUAGCGACUCUAGCGUGCAUGCGCGAUGUCUCACAAUCUAUUCUCUCCGCCGCCCGGGCUGCCGGACACACAGCGUGCCGGACCACACAUUGACGCAAACGCCGGGUAUCUUUCGCAACAUGACCCUUCUAGCAUCCUGGACCACUACCUACGUGUCGAUACAGAGAGGCAGAAUUUUCUUCAGUCCUUGAUUGAGAGGAUCAACUCAUAUACGCAGAGAAUCACGGAGCUUGAGCUUGACCUGGACGAUCAGAAGAGGUCGAGGAGUAGAUACCAGCAGCAGUCUGCUGAGUAUGAACGUGGUCUGCAGCUGUACGAACACCGCCUUAAAACCGAAGCUUUUGUAGUAGUUCUGGUCGAUGGCGAUGGCGCCAAGUUUAGAGAUGACCUAGUCCGCGAUCUAGCUGAUGGCGGCGAGAGAGCCGCCCAGUAUCUCAAGCGAGCUGUUCGCAAAUAUCUCGCAGACGCCGGGUUGCGACACGAGGACGUUCCGAUCCUAGUUCGGGUGUACGCUAAUCUCAAUGACCUUUCGAAGUCGUUGCGAAUGUCUCAGAUCACCCAGUCUGACGACCACAUGCGGAUCUUUGCAGAACGAUUCACUAAUAGCAGCGCCGAAAUUGAUUUUGUCAAUGUCGGCAAAGGAAAGGAGAAUGCCGACUCGAAGAUUCGCCGCAUGCUUAACCACUAUCACAAGAAUCUCCAAUGCCAGAAGAUCUUCCUCGCGGGCUGCUGCCACGACAACGGCUAUCUCCAUGACCUUAGAGAGUAUAGAGGAGUCGCCGACGAGAAGCUGGUUCUGCUUGAAACCACGACUGCAGAGCCAGGUUUUAGGAGCCUGGGAUAUCCUCUGAUCCGUUUUGAUGAUGUCUUUCGUUCGGAACCGCUCGCGAACGAGCACAAGCGAGGCUUUAUGUCACCACCGGGACUGCCAGCUUCUGGACAGUUUCAACGUCAUGUUGUGCGAGAGGUGAACGAUUCUCAACCUCUACUGACUCGACCUGCUCAGUCCGUGGCCGUUAUCGAACACCGAGCCAAUCCCUCGCCGCCGCCAUCCAAUUCUGACAGCACUCCUGUAACAACUACAUCUUCCCCUGUCCUGGUAGAUUUGACGGUGGACGAGGGCAGCGCCAAAGCCCCUACAGCCGCCCUUACUACUGCUCCUGCUGCUGUAGCCUCCAAGCCUCCAGUCGCGGCGGCGGCCGCCAAGACUGCGGCACCCAAGCCACCGUCUCGCAGUCAGAGCAUCAUUACUUCAGGCAAUGGCGGCACCUCAAUCAGCUACGCGAAUGUUGGGGGAACGACAGAGCAUAGCAACGUGACCGUCAAGCUCGCCAAGAAGAAGGAUCCCAGGGUUAUUCUCUGCAAUGCAGAUGGCUUCCGGAUCGACCCGCCUGCGCAGAGACCGGCGCCUUCGACCCCGGCCCAAACCAGCUACCAAAGGAAGCUUGACAGCAUCAAGCCGUCGGUCUUCUGCAACGACCACUACCUCCGGGGACGCUGUCAGUGGGGCACGAGCUGUGACAAGACUCACAACGUGGAGCUCACACCCGCGGAACUGGCCAUCCACCGUUACAAGGCGCGUACCAGUAUCUGCCCGGCCGGCCCGACGUGCGACGACUACGGCUGCUAUCUCAGCCACCACUGCAUUCGGGAGCCAUGCAAGUUUGGCAACCAGUGCCCAUUUAAUUCUAAACGCUACGGCGACCUGCACCAUUCCAAGAUGGAUCUUGUGGUCACCACCAAGUGGACCGAAGGCAACAGCAUUCCAGACAAGAUCCGGAAGUGAGAUCUCAUAGUGGCCUUGCGUCCAACAUGUGAUCGGUUUAGGCGUGCAACUGUAGUGAAGGUGAAGACCGAGAAUCUUAAUUUUUUAGCAUAUUGUAACCAGGAAUACUCUCAACAAGUCCCUUCCUUCCGCAUAACUGUAUGGGAGUCUAGCUAGCAGAAUUAGGAUAGCAAUUUCUCGCAGGCGGCCAAGCUUGUCCCCGGCGUGUUACUGUGGAAGGAGCCACAAUGAUGGAGGUGACGGAUGGAUAGCACAAAGUUUCAUAGUUGAUUUAGGAAUACCACGCUCUCUCUUUCCCA